AUGUUUCUUUCGUACAGUAUCUUUACCCCGAAAGGCGUAGCCACUGGCAACGCUGUCCAGUUGCAGACUCAACCCUUCUCACCUUUCACGCUCAGCCCAGACACCCCGGUAGCCACCCUUGACUAUGGAGCUGAGAGGGCAGGCUAUCCGAUCUUCGACGUCACCUCCCUCAGUGCCCCGGCGCAAAUCGAAGUCAAGUACACGGAGCACUUUGACGGGCUGAACCAUCCCUUCAGCGACGGGCCGUUCACAUUCACCAACAUGCUCAGCAACAACUUCCGCGUCGAGACGUUCGACGUCGCGGCCACCGGCCGGCUUGCAUCUCCGCUGCUCCAAGGAGGCCAGAAGUGGCAGUCCAUCAGGCUCUUGACCAACGGCACGGUGGAAAUCUCGAGUGUAGGCUUCGUUGCUACCAUUGACACGGCCGAGCCGGAAGAUCUCCCUGGGCAGUUUGACAGCGAUGACGAGACCUUGAAUGAGAUUUGGAAGCUCGGCGCCAGAGCGGCGACGGCGGCGUGCUUCGACAAGGGCACGCAGAAAGCCACAUGGCAAGUGAGCGAGGAAGACGGCGUGUUGGCCCGCAGCACGCGGCCAGCCGCGACGUAUAAGGGCACGUCUUGGAGCAAUUACACACUGGAGUUCGACACCAAGAUCGAAAAAGGCGGAAGCUGGUUCAUGACUGGAGGUGUUGUGGCCGGCAACGGAUACAUGAUGCUGCUGACCAGUGAGCUCCCCGAGACCACUCGCUUCGCCAACACCAACACGACAUUGACGCCGGCCAACACCAUCUCGCUGGCCUACGGAGCCGACUUUGUGAACCAGACAUCACUGUCAACGUUCCUGCUCGACGUUUUCAAGGUUCCAUUCAACGUGAAGGAAAACACAUGGUACCACAUCAAGGCAUCCAUGGCUCCCUCGGGUCACCUUGCCGUCUCCAUCGACGACACGCAGGUGUUCAAUAUCUCGCGAUCCGACUAUCCGUGGGCACUCACCAGCGGCACCCUGGUGUACGCAGGCUCUCCCGACUUCACCGGCUCCAUCGGCUUCGGCGCGUACCAGGACCAAGCAGCCUACUUCAAAAACGCGCACGUCUACGACACCGUCAACGGCUCGACUAUUUACGCCAACAACCUCACCACCCCGGACGUCCUCGUCGAGUACGGAACCCAGGCAAACACCGACAGUGCGUGCGUCGAUGGGCCCAAGCGCGACAGGCUCAUCUGGCUCGGCGACUUCUACCACACCACGCGCAUCAUCGCCGCCAGCACGUCGCGGGCGGACCAUUCGCGCGGAACGCUGCAGCUCCUGAUCGAUUCGCAGAUCGCCAACGGCCAGAUGAACAUCAGCCCCAACCUCGGGUACGAUCUGGCGUCUGCCGCGGACGCGCUGGGGCCGCAAGGCGGCGGCGCGUUCGGGUUGCAGGACUACCAGCUCCUGGGGCUGAUGGCAUUCAGCAACCACGUGCGGCUGCACAACGACCUCGCGUGGGCGAGUGCGACGUGGCCGCAGUGGCAGAGGGUGGUCGACUGGCUUCUGCCGCAAAUCAACUCGACGACGGGGUUGUUGACGUUCCCGGGCGGGUUUGCCUUCACCGGGCCGGCGGACGCGGGGUCCGCGAUCGGGUGCGAGGCCGUCCAGGCCCUCAAGGGCGUGGCGGACGUGGCCGCUGCCCUCGACGACACGGCGUCCGCGACGCGAUAUCGCGAGGCUGCAAGCUCGUUGGCGGACGCCAUCAACGAGAAGUUGUGGAACGACGACGUCGGCGCGUACGGUCUCUCGCUGGCGGACAUGAGCAAUAUCUCCGUGGCGGCGACCUCGUUCUGCAUCACUUCGGGCGUGGCGGACGCGAACCGCGCCGCCCGCUCCAUCGCUGCGUUGCUGUCCGGCCUCAAGCUCGGCCCGGGCUACAAAGACGCCUCGACCGUGCCGUCCAACGACAGCAGCGUCAACAUCUCGCCCAACACCAAUGGGUUCCUCCUCUCGGCGCUCUUCGUAGGCAACGCCACGCAGGCGGCCGACGAGCUGAUGCGGAGCCUCUGGGGCGCGAUGCUCCCGGGCGCCAGCGAGGCGCAGAACAAGAGCGCCGUCGGCGCGAGCUGGGAGUACGUCAACGCCGCGACGCUGGAGCCCGGCCUGGGCCUGUUCACGAGCCUCGGCCACCCUUGGGGCGGCUCCCCGACGUAUGUCUUGACGGAAUGGGCGGCGGGCCUGCGGGCCGUCGAGGGGACCGACGGGUUCGGCUACAGGAACUGGGUUGUGGCACCGGCAUCCGGGGUGGCAUUGGGGCUGAAGAGGGCGAGCGCGAGCGUCGUCACCGCGUUUGGUGGGGAGCUCAGCGUCGAGUGGCGGAAGGAUGGUGAUAAGAUCGGGGUCACCAUUAGCGCUCCUAUGGACACGAAAGGGCAGUUUAUGUAUGGCAACAAGAGCAUUGCGUUGCACGGACGGACUGAGUAUCAGUUUACCGUGGACACGACAUUACAGAAUGGCAUUGUUUAA